GCCUAUUGUUCGAUCCAUUUAUUUGGAAAGUACAAAUUUUCAGAUAGUGUGUGUUACUAUUGAUAAGCAAUUGUGUUUUUUGUUCAGAAUUCAAAACAGCAUUCUCACUGGAAUGAUAACAAUUGGGAGGUCGUGUCCAGAAGAAAAACAUCCAAUUUGAAUACAGUGUCGGUUACAUUCAAUCAGUUACUGUCAAGAUUCCGUUGCGUGAAGUAUUAAUAGCAAAGUGCUGGCAAAAUGGAUCGCUUUAUUAGGGAAUUGGUGAUAUUAAAUGAAUCCAACUGAUCUAAACUACCAAGCAGUGGCGACAUUCGAAAAAGUCGAAAACGGAAACUACAGAAUGGAGAAAGGAUCUGCAACCAAACAAUUUUUGGCGGGUGUUACUGUCAACAUCGCCUCAGUAGCCUUGGGAACAUGCCUGGGAUGGACAUCUCCGAUGGGUCCCGUUUACAAAUCCAACGAUACCAACAUAAAUCCACUGGAGGUAAUACCAACUACGGCCGAGGAAUCAUGGAUAGGAUCAUUGGUUGCUCUGGGAGCCCUAAUCGCUCCCUUCAUCGCUGGACCGCUGGCGCAAAGAUUUGGCCGUAGGUUAACCCUGCUGGGUAGCUCGGCUUUUUUCAUCGUAAGUUGGAUCCUUCUACUCACGACAAAUAACAUUGUCCAGCUUCUGGUGGCUCGAUUGAUUCAAGGUUUUGGAGUAGGAUUUGUAAUGACGGUACAGACGAUGUACAUCGGUGAAAUAGCUAGUGAUCAGUAUCGAGGAGCGCUUGGUUCACUCAUGCAAUUGUGCAUAGUUUCCGGUAUUCUCUAUGUGUACGUAAUCGGACCAUACGUGAGCUACGCCGCACUGCAAUGGGCCUGUUUGGCGCUUCCGAUAUUAUUCUCGGCGACCUUUUUCUUUAUGCCGGAAACCCCGACUUACUACAUAACCAAGGGCCGGCAUAAUGAUGCAAGCAAAUCUCUGCAGUUCCUUCGUGGUAUGUCAGCUGAUGGAGUUCAAGAUGAACUGAAGAAAACCACCCAGUCCGUGGAGGAAGCAAUGCGGAACAAAGCGAGUGUCAUGGAUCUGUUCCAAACCAAAGGCAACGUGAAGGCGUUGAUCAUUUGUUCGGGUUUAAUCAGCUUCCAGCAGUUGUCUGGAGUAAACGUUAUUUUGUUCUACAGUCAAACUAUUUUCGCCAAAACAGGCAGUAGUUUAGCUCCGGAAAUUUCAACAAUUUUAGUUGGCAUAGUGCAGGUCCUGGCCAGUGGAGCUACGCCACUAAUCGUUGACCGACUGGGCCGUAAACCGAUUCUACUAGCAUCAGCCGGUGGAAUGUGUAUUGCCCACGGGCUUAUGGGACUGUAUUUCUACAUGGAUUUCAUUAAGUCGGAUGCAGUGGAAAGCAUCAGCUGGUUGCCAAUUUUUGCGUUGAUCUUCUUUGUCACACUCUAUUGUGUCGGGUUUGGACCCCUUCCAUGGGCCGUACUGGGUGAGAUGUUCCGCGCAGAUGUUAAACCGAUCGCCUCCUCGAUUGUGGCGUCCACCUGCUGGGUGCUAGGAUUCCUGGUACUGCAGUUCUUCUCCUCACUGGACGAGGCAGUUGGAUCCCACUGGUCGUUCUGGAUAUUUGGCAUUUUGUGCGGAGUAGCAUUCGUAUUCACCCUGACCACCAUGAUGGAGACUAAAGGAUUGACUCUGGAAGAGAUUCAGGAGGAAUUGAACAAGUAGGGUAGAGAUUGUGUUUGGUAGUAAGUUAGCGUUAGGAUAAGUUGUUUUAAGUGUGGAACGUACAUAAGGUCGUAUUCUCACAUUGAGUUAGUGUUAAACUGUUGAAAAAUAGAUUUUAUCGAUAGAUAUCCAUAGAUCUUUGAAGUUACGAACGGCUUGCAUUUGUAGAAUGUUUGCUGAACUUCAUAUUAAAGUGUAUACAAACUAUUUUGUUAUUAUGAAAAUAAAUUACUCACGAAUUAA